AGCGCCGUGCUCCUAAAGGAAAGCAAGUCUCUCGCACUGUCCAAGCGACGAGCUCGAUCUAGUGCGUCAAUCGCGACGAUCGCGCCGCGAGCUAGUGAAUCACGCCGAACGUCGCGACGCGCGGAGCAAAAUCACGGACUUCAAGCAGCUGCUUGGUCGUUUGUCUGGGUGCUGGACUGCUGAUCGCGCACAACGUUGUUGCAGUUGGUCCGGGACGGUUCAAGUCGCGAUCGUUUGGUAGUCGUCGUCGUCGUCGUCGUAAGUCGCAUGCCGGCAGUUCGUACGUGGAGGAAUCGAAAGCAUUUUUCGAGUGUCGAAUAUCUCUAACGGUAAAACUGAAACCCGCGGAUCGCGGUUGGGUGCGUUACAUUAUAACUGUGUCAGUGGUGAUUUCAUUGUUGAAGUGAUAACCUCGAAAAAGGUCUUAUUUAAGGUUAAGGUGCUCGGUUGAGACAACGGGAAAAUUUGGGCAUCAUAAUGGCGCUAGUGUUUGUCGGUGUGGUUUUGGCAAUUGGGGUGUUGAUAUUUUUCUUCAUGAAGUCGUCGAAGGAAAUGCCCAAAAAUAUGUCACAAUUUGUGACGGAGCUUAAGAUGCAGUACAUCGGAUUCGUUGGGAUCGUAGAGGACAUAUUACUGCGUGGUGCCAACAAAGUCACACUCUACAAACAGCCGGGAAAAAUUGCCCUCAUCACCGGAGGAAACCGCGGCAUCGGUUUGCGGAUCGUGAAAAAGCUCGUCGAGUGUGACAUCGAAGUGAUAUUAGGUGUCCGCAACCCGGCCGAGGCGAAAAAAGCGGUCGAGAAAUACCUGGAGCACAGCAAGCUCGGAUCGGUGGCGAAGCUGCACUUCGAGCAGCUGGACAUCGGCAGCAUGAAAUCGGUGCGGGCGUUCGCCGGCAAAGUGCAGUCCAAGUUCGAUAAAAUUCACAUUCUUAUCAACAAUGCCGGCGUCAUGUGCGUUCCAUUCAAGCUCACCGAGGAGGGCUUCGAGUCGCACAUGGCCAUCAACCACUACGGCCAUUUCCUGCUGACGCAUCUGCUGUUGCCGCAGCUUCGCGCUGCCGGAACCCGUGAUUGCCAUGCCCGGAUCGUCAACGUGUCCUCAUGUGUGAACAAAAUCGGCGAGAUGAACUACAGCGAUAUCAAUAUGACCAAAGACUACUACCCCGCGGAGGCGUACAACCAGAGUAAGCUGGCCCAGAUCCUGUUCACCAAACAUAUCAACCUGCAGUUCGAGAUGGACGAGGAACCGAUCCAGUCGCAGUCGCUGCACCCCGGAGUCGUCAAUACCGAUCUGUUUGAGCACUCGAGCACCACCUACGUCCCGUGGGUCCGACAGUUGCUGUUCAAGAACCCCGAGCAGGGAUCCCGCACCGUCGUGUACGCUGCCAUCGCGCCGGAACUGGAGGGCAAGGGCGGAUCCUAUCUGAGCAACUGCCGCGUUGCCUCCUGUCAUCGCUUCUGGAAGAACUCGGUCCAGUGCGACAAGCUGUUCCAAUUCACCUGUGAUACGCUAGGAAUUAAGGACUUUUUCCACAAAGCGAAGUAGAAAGGCAGAGUACAAAUGGUGGGGUCCCAUCCGGUGGGGCGAGCGCGGAGAAGCGAUGCAAUUUAUUCAGUUGUGUGUUUGUUUGCCUGCUUUCUCUUCGUUCUGUAUACAAAACCAACAAACAGUCAGCAAAUAUAGGGAUACAGUCUGUGCUCUUCGAGAUAUUCAGAUUCCAGUUGGACCGAGGAAAAUAGGACCAUGUUAGUGUAGAAUCAAUGCAAGUAUAAUAAAAAGCAAAAGCGGAGAGUAAGACGACUAAUGGACUUUCUCCAGUUUCCGUCCAACCUCAAGUUUAGCGAGCGCUCCGUUCCGUCAUCAACUCAAUACCCACUUCACA